AUGGUGAUAAGAACAAGGUCCAAGAAUCAAGUGCUUAUUCCUUACAACCCUGAACCAGAGAGAAGUGCAAGGAAGUUAGCUAGAGAAAAAUAUUUAGCACAAGAUUCCAACCUUGGUGAUACUUUUCUUAAGGAUUUGUUCCAUGAUCUUGAGAGCAGCACAUCUAUUUUCCAACCUUUGGCACCAGUUGCACACAUGGCUCUAGCCUUACCUGCAGCAGGUCAACCUUUAAAGAAUUCAUUGGCAGCGAGAGUCAAUGCAGUGCCAAGGUGCAUUAUAUAUCCAGAUGUGGAAGAUGGGACAACCUUUGAAAUCAAACCUCACAUCCUCAACAUAUUGCCAUCCUUUCAUGGGUUGCCAAACAAUGAUCCCAACAUGUAUUUGGUUGAUUUUAUUGAGGCAUGUGACAACACCAUAAUCAGAGGACAAAGCCAAGGCGUGGCUGAGAAGCAUUCUCUGCCUGCCAAUAGCAUUACAACAUGGACAGAAUUGCAAGAAAAAAUUCUCAAUAAGUUUUUUCCUUCUUCCAAGACUCUUGCACUCAAGAAAGAGAUAUUGGCUUUCGCUCAAAAGCCAAACGAGUCUUUCCAUGAAGCUUGGGAACGGUAUAAUGAGAUGUACACAAAAUGUCCUCAUGCUGGGUUUGAUUCUAACCUUCAAAUGAACAUAUUUUAUGAUGGUCUCAAUGCCACCACCAAGAGUCAAGAGCUAUGUUCUAAAAAGAAAAAGUUCUUGGAAUACGAGAAGGUGAUUUUAACUGAGCAAUGCAAUGUUGUCCUCUUACAUAAGCUACCACCCAAGAAGAAAGAUCCGGGGAGUUUCACUAUCUCUUGUACUAUUGGUGAAGGAGAACUCAAGCCCACAUCUGUGAGUCUUCAAUUGGCAGAUAGGUCUGUGACCUAUCCUUUGGGUAUUCUGGAAGAUGUGAUUAUUAAAGUGGAUAAAUUCUAUCUCCCAGCUGAUUUCAUUGUACUUGACAUGGAGGAAGACAAGGAAGUGCCUCUCAUUUUAGGCCGACCGUUCAUGGUCACCGCCCGGACACUUAUUGAUAUGGAAGCAGCUAUCAAGCGUCCUCUCGAACUUGAAGAGUGUUUUCGUGUUGAUGUUUUGGAUGAGAUUGUGCAUGCAAACUUUGCCUCACGAUCAUUUAACGAUGAGCUGUUAACUUGCCUCACCAACCAUGAUGCUACUUUAUUUAUGGAAGAAAAUGUGGUGGACGUCAUUGCUGCAUUGGAUAGUGCACCAAUUCAUAAUCCUAAGUGGCGACAUGUUUAUGAAAGCCUUGGAAUGCCUAAGCAGCCCCUUCUUCGUUCAAGUGAGCAAGCUCCGAAGUUAGAGCUCAAGUUACUGCCGAGCCACCUUAAGUAUGCUCAUCUCGGGGUGAACGAGACCUUGCCUGUUAUUAUUGCUGCUGAUUUUAAUGACACGGAGGAAGACAAAUUACUAAGAGUUCUUCGCAAGUAUCAAGAUGCUCUAGGGAUUUUUAUGGAGGCUGGGACUAAACCAACUGUUGAAGCUCAAAGACGUCUAAAUCCAAUCAUGAAGGAAUUUGUAAGAGUUGAGGUGAUGAAGUUACUCGAUGCAGGUAUCAUUUAUCCAAUCUCGGAUAGCAAAUGGGUGAGCCCGACUCAGGUGAUUCCAAAGAAAACUGGGUAUAACCAAAUUCCAAUUGCCCCUGAGGAUCAAGAGAAGACAACGCUUACAUGCCCUUUUGGUACAUUUGCAUACAGACGAAUGCCAUUUGGAUUGUGCAAUGCCCCUACCACUUUCCAACGAUGCAUGAUGAGUAUUUUUUCCAGAAUGGUUGAAAAUAUUGUUGAGGUUUUUAUGGAUGACUUUUCUGUUUUUUGUAAUUCUUUCGAUAUAUGUUUGGAUAACUUGUCUUUGGUUUUGGAAAGAUGCAAGGAGACUAAUCUUGUGUUAAAUUGGGAGAAAUGCCAUUUUAUGGUUAAGCAUGGCAUUGUGUUAGGUUUUUAUCGAAGAUUCAUCAUGGAUUUUUCCAAAAUUAGUCCUCCUCUUUGUAAUUUACUUGCUAAAGAUGCUUGUUUUGAUUUUAAUGCAGAUUGUCAUGAUGCUUUCAACAAAUUGAAGGAUCUUCUCACAUCAGCCCCAAUUAUAACAGCUCCAGAUUGGACCCUUCCUUUUGAGCUCAUGUGCGAUGCUUUCGAUUACGUUAUGGGUGCUGUCCUUGGUCAGCGACGUGACAAGCUCCCUCAUGUUAUAUAUUAUGUCAGCCGCACUUUGAAUGAUGCUCAGCUGAAUUAUGCCACUACGGAAAAAGAAUUACUUGCAGUGGUAUUUGCUCUUGAAAAGUUUCGAUCAUACUUAAUUGGUGCUAAAGUCAUUGUGUAUUCUGAUCAUUUUGCUCUCAAGUACUUAUUGUCUAAAAAAGAGGCCAAACCACGAUUGAUUCGAUGGGUCCUUCUCUUGCAAGAGUUUGAUUUGGAGAUCCUAGAUAAAAAUGGACGUGAGAAUGUUAUGGCGGAUCAUCUCUCAAGAUUAGUAAAUGCAAACACUGAUGAGGCAGAUUCAUUGCCCCUGCAAGGGAGCUUUCCACACGAGCAACUUCUAGCAGUUACUCAUCAAGUACCAUGGUAUGCUGACAUCGCAAAUUAUUUGGCAUCUGGGGAAAUACCAUCAGAGUUCAGUUACCAACAAAGGAAGAAGUUCCUCUUUAAACUAUUUGAUGUCUGGGGUAUAGACUUCAUGGGACCUUUCCUUUCUUCACAUGGCAAUCUCUACAUCUUGGUGGCGGUUGAUUAUGUCUCAAGGGUGGAGGCAAUAGCUUCUCCAACAUGCAAAAGUUAUGUGGUGUUAGGUUUCUUGCAGAAUACUAUUUUUCCCCGAUUUGGAGUACCUCGUGCUAUCAUCAGUGACGAAAGUACGCAUUUCUCAAACCGCACCAUGGCCGCCCUUUGUGCCAAGUAUCAUAUUCACCAUCGCAUAGCCACCCCAUACCAUCCACAGACAUCUGGACAAGUUGAAGUAUCUAAUCGUGAGCUUAAGAGGAUUCUUGAGAAAACUGUCAGUUCAUCUCGAAAGGAUUGGAAUUUAAAGCUUACUGAUGCUUUGUGGGCAUAUAGGACAGCUUAUAAGACACCAAUUGGGAUGUCUCCUUUUCGUUUGAUGUAUGGGAAAGCUUGCCAUCUGCCUCAGGCAGCUGGAGAGAAGUGGAAACUGCAGUUGAAUGAACUGGAAGAAAUAAGGAAUGAUGCUUAUGAAAAUGCAAAGAUUUACAAGGAUAAGACCAAGAAAUUUCAUGAUGUUCACAUCCUUCGUAAAGAGUUUCAACCGGGUCAGAAGGUUUUGCUUUUUAAUUCGAGACUAAAACUAUUCCUAGGAAAGCUCAAAUCACGUUACAAUGGUCCAUAUCGUGUUGUACAGGUCCAUCUUCAUGGGGCUGUGGAUAUCUAA